CCGCCCUGCAUUUGCCCGCCCCGGGCUAUGUUCGAUGGCACCAUCUCUCCCCGCACGACCCCCAGCAACUCUCCGUCCUUGAGAAAACGCCUCCUGCAGCUCCCUGCCCGACCGGCUCCAGAGCCACCUUUGGAGAACAUGGUGGAAAAGGGCACCGAUAGCCCUGCCGAACGGGGGACUCUGACGGCCACCCCUCAAGGCAACCUCGUCAACUACCCGCUCAGUGGGCGCAGCUUUAUCCGCAACAACAAGAUGCUGAGUCCCACCUACAAGCAACGCAACGAAGACUUCCGCAGGAUCUUCAAAGGGCUGCCUGAAGCUGAGCGUCUUCUUGUAGAUUACUCCUGUGCGUUGCAGCGUGACAUCCUCCUUCAAGGACGGCUUUAUCUAUCGGAGAACUGGAUCUGCUUCUACAGCAACAUUUUUCGAUGGGAGACCACGAUCUCCAUCCAGCUCAAGGAGGUGAUAUGCAUCAAGAAGGAAAAAACCGCCAAGCUGAUCCCCAACGCAAUUCAGAUUUGCACAGAGACCGAGAAGCAUUUCUUCACAUCUUUUGGUGCCCGUGACCGAUGCUUCAUGCUCAUCUUUCGCCUUUGGCAGAAUGCACUUCUGGAUAAGACUUUGCCCCCGCGAGAACUCUGGCACAUUGUUCACCAAUGCUACGGUUCUGAACUUGGCUUGACCAGUGAAGAUGAUGAUUACGUUUCUCCCAUUGAUGACCUCAAUGGCUUGGGAAGCCAGAAAGAAAUUGGAGAUGAUAUUGACCUGACAGAGCUGACAUCCCGCUGCAACACUGAACUCAAACUGGACACCAGUCCCUUGCUGGACAAAAGGGACACCAGUCACAGCAUCAAUUCACUGGCCAGUAGCAGCGAUGGGACCACAUCGGUGAGGACAGGAGAUUCAGAAGACAGCUGGAAUGUUAUGAAGCUGGCGGAAGAUCUGGAGGACAACACUGACAGCCAAAUGGAUGCUUCAUCCAGCCACACAGUGACCUCAGCCACAGACCCCCCUCUGGAAGAUUUGGUGCAAGGGUCUGUUGCUGUGUCCCCCCCGGAGGGGGACCUGCCUCCCAGCGAAGAGCUCCCCACCGACAUGAGCAAUUCCUCCUCUUCCACGCAAGACGAAGCUGAGGUGGAAGCCUUCUUCACAGACUUGCCAGGGCGGCUCCUGAUCAACGCCGUGUAUCACGUUGGAGCUGAGAGGCUGCAGCAGAUGCUCUUCAGCGACUCCCAGUUCAUACACAGCUUUCUGGACCAACGCAAAUUCACAGAUGUUACGCUGAGUUCAUGGAGUGGAGACAGCAAGUGUCAUCAAAGCCGUGUCAUCACCUACACCAUCCCCAUCAGUAACCCUUUGGGUCCCAAGGCUGCACCUGUGGUGGAGACUCAGACUCUUUUCCGUGCCAGUUCCAAGAAUGGAGGCUGCGUGGUGGACUCCGAGGUGGUCACUCAGGGCAUCCCUUACCAGGAUUACUUCUACACUGUGCAUCGGUACUGCAUCACCACCGUAGCCAAAAGCAAAGCCAGGCUCAGAGUCUCCUCCGAAAUUCGAUAUCGGAAGCAGCCCUGGUCCCUUGUGAAGACUUUCAUUGAAAAGAAUGCAUGGAGUGGGGUUGAGGAAUAUUUCCAGCACUUGGAACUGGCACUGGUGCAAGCAGAAAAGGCUCUGCUAGAGGAGAGCUGCCAUGGCAAAGAGCCCCGAGGUCUCCUGUCUGGAUUGCGUCGCAGGAAACGGACCCUGAGCUGGAGAGCUCCUCAUGUCGAAGCCCCAAUACCCACGCUGCCCGAUAGCGAAGGGGCAUCGCGUGCUGUUCGCCCUUCAGUCUUUUAGUUCUGGUCGUCCUCAACAUGAUGCUGUUCUACCGGCUGUGGUCUCUGGAGCACACAGCCCGGACUGUGGAGUCAUGGCAAGCGUAUGCGCUCUCCAAUGGGAAGCUUCCACAAACGGCCUCGGAAUGGGCAGAGAUUUUGGAGCUGCAGAAACAGUUCCAUAGCGUGGAGGUGCAAAAAUGGAAGCAGAUCCUGAAGGCAUCAGUGGAACUUCUGGAUGAGAUGAAGCUCUCCCUCGAGAAGCUGCAGCAAGGCAUCAUGGUGGCAGAGCCCCCGUUGGAACCGGAGUGAAGCAACAACAUCUCCUUCUCUCUCUCUCUCUCUCCCUUUUGGGGGAGGUUGCUGAGUUACCAGAAAGAAGACUCCUGAGAUCCAUCUCAGAAACUGUCGAACCAGUGGCGUGGGCAUCCUGUGGGAGGAGGAGACAGCAGCAGGCUCCCCGCCAGAUCCAUCACCUUGGACGUUAUCCCCAAGAGGGCCACCGGUAGCGAUGGAUCUCUUGGUUUUUGCCGGGAACGUCUCUCUCUCUCGGCUCAUUCCUCCUUUAUCCCUUUUCCCACUUCAGUGCUAUUUAUAUCGCACCCAGGUUCCCCUUCCCUUGAUUUUCCUGUAUUCUGGCACUGGUUAUUUUUUCCCCCAGCUAUUGUUUGGGGGAGGAAGGAGGGUGGAAGUCAGCUUUGGGGAGGGGGAUGGCCUCUGGAGCCGGGAUCUCUCUUUUGCCCUGAAACUUCACUCAGCAGCUAAGAUACCCUGAUGGAGGACAGCAAAGAACCAACUUCUGCCAUUCUCUUUUCUCUCUCUGUCUCUCUUUAACGCACAAGCGAUGAUGAACUGAUGGCGGGGCAAAAGCAUUCCGGAGGCUCCGGAGGACUUUUCAUUCCUUCUUCAGCUUUCUUCCCUGCUGCCCUGUUUUUCCUACCGUUCAGUGGGUUGAUUGUCAAUGUUGUGAAAAAGGGAUUUUCCCAACCGAUUACCUCCGAUAGGGUAAAGGCUCUUCAGCCCCACAUUUUCAGGCCCAGAAAAAGCAUUUGGGGGGGGGGGGGCUGGACUGCAGCAUCUUCUUGCUGAUGGGGCAUCUAUUAACACCGAAAACUUUCUGAACAUGGGGGUCACCUUUGAAGUAUCCUUGGAACUUGGAAAGAUACAUAACACCAGCAGUUCUCUAUACAUACCUGUAUGCUGGAGUCCAGCCCAACCCUUCUUUUCAGAGUAGUAUUUGACUUGUGAAAGUUAUCAGCUGUUUCUCUUGGAGCGUAUUUAGGUGACACUAAAGCCAAAUGCCUGCUGAAAGAGCACACCUUUUCCCCACUGUGCAUAGCCAGUCCCAACCCUAAACCUUUGACAACUUUUUAAAGAUACCUGGACUUCCAAUUCCCACAAUUCCCCCAACCAGCAUGGGGAAUUCUGGGAGCUGAAGUCCAGACACCUUAACGAUAUUGCUAAGAAUGGGGAAACCAUGACUUGCUCUGUGUAAUCUGAACCUGAAAAACCCACCAUUUGAGAUGGAUUGAUUGAUUGAAAAUGAACUUGGCAGCCAAGGCAUGUAACAGGUAUACGUAUUCCGUAACCUCAAAUGGCAUAACCUUUUCUGAAUUUGGAAAAUCCGGGUUAACAAACAAUAGAUCGUUAUGGGGAGGACUGGCAAAAUGUGGAUGUUUGCUCUCAUUCAACAGUCAUUUGUUUUGGUGUGCCAUGAAAACCAAGACGAUUUAGCACAUAAUCCUCCACAUGGUGCUUUUUAAGGGAAUGUCGUACCUGGGUGCAGUCAAGGAUGGUGGUUCCAUCGGGGGUUUAAUUUUUCUUUUUAAACCCUGUGCAGCAUGCCACUUGUGCCACACGGGAGACUCCCGCAUCAGCCUCCUGGACAACAGCUGGGCCUUUCCCUUUCCCAAGAAGCUGUAUUGCCACUAUGAAAAGUAAAAGUUUCACUGCCAAUCUCGGCCUCUAAGCCCUUCAAAUAUACUGCCGGUGGCAGGGAGGGGGCAUUAAAUCUGCCCCCUCCUGGAGAGGGGGUUGUGUGUCUUGUCAACUCUGUGUUCCCUUUCCCCCCUCCAAAAAAACCUGGGAGACCCAGGUAUUCAGGCCCCUCUCCGUUUUUAACCUUUUCCCCCCAUUAAAAGCGGGGUUGGGGGAGGGAGGGAGCGGCGGUCUAAUUCCUUCAGUUUUGUAGGUCUGUUCAGUAUUAAUAAUCCAGUGUGUUUGAGGUUCCAGAAAAUUGCCAGGGCUUAUUUAUUAGGGAGUGAAAUAAAAGACCGUGGAUCGGA